AUGGUGACUGGUGAAGAAGACGGCGAAAUCGACAACACUAAUAUGUUUCUAAUCGGAGAAAACGAAGUCGACGGUGACGAUUAUACCUCCGGUGUAUGGGAAUCGGAGAUUCAGAUGUACCGCAUCCACUCGAUCGAUUCAACGGUCGUGAUCCGUCAGUUACCGUCGCAAGGCAUCUCCUUCAAGCUCUGGCUUCCUGCAACAACACUCGUAACGCUUCUCGAUAACUACCGUCGUGACCCAGAAAACAGCCCACUCACUCGCACACUCUCGAGUUUCUCAUCACCGGUUAACAUCGUCGAGCUCGGGUCUGGAACUGGUAUCGUCGGAAUCACGGCGGCUGCGACGCUUGGUGGUAACGUCACGGUGACAGAUCUCCCCAACGUCGUCGAGAAUCUCAGAUUCAACGCCGACGCGAACGGUGAAGUGGUGACUAGAUCCGGUGGGAAAAUCCACGUGGCUCCUCUCCGUUGGGGAGAAGUUAAUGACGUGGAGGUUUUGGGUAACGUUGACUUGAUACUAGCCUCUGACGUGGUCUACGACGAGCAUCUUUAUGAUCCUCUGCUCAAAACGCUGCGUUUAAUGCUCUUUGAAGGAUCGAAGAGAGUGUUUCUUAUGGCUCAUCUCAAAAGAUGGAAGAAAGAAUCGAAUUUUUUCAAGAAAGCUAAGAAGAUUUUCGAUGUCGAUGUUAUACAUUGUGAUUAUCCUCAAGAAGGUUCUCGAAUCGGAGUUGUAGUUUACCGUUUUGCAUCGAAAGAUCAUACACAGAAAAAUGGUUUGUCAAAUGUUUGA